UCACGCCAUUACGUAGUGCGUUUUUGACGCCACCCAUACGAACCUGAGGGAUUCGGCUUCAUGGGAUCUUUACACUCUGCGGCUAAUAAGGGAUAAUAAUUUGUCCUUGAUGACUGUGAAAGCGGCGUUCACACUUAGAAUGUAGACGAAAUGUGAUAGGCAUUAUAGUGUUGGGAUUGGAUGAUUUAGCAAUGCUAUCCCAGACAUUUCUGCAACAAUGGUCGCCAGGUGAAUUGUCCGUAUGAUAUUUCGACGAUGGCGACACCUGCAGAGCACGACCUUGCAUUAGCUGAAACAGAGAGCAACAAAGAGAAGUCUCAAGUAUUCGGAAUCCUUAGGUUUCAGGAAGAAAAAUCGGCCGGUGAAAAAGCUAGCACCACCACGUCCACGACCAUGAGAGCCGGGGACGGGAGAUGGCAGGCACCCAUAUUUGCACUAGCCAGGAAAGCAUCAGAGACCUUUUCAGGAAGCAGCAGUCAUGUUUUGGCGAAGGUAGCGGAACCCACGUCUUUUGUAAACGAAUGGAGUGCCCAAGCUCUGCGGAACCCUAUGGCGAUGGAGAGAGCCAACCUGCUGAAUAUGGCCAAGCUCAGCAUCAAAGGCCUGAUCGAGUCGGCCCUCAGUUUUGGACGCACCCUGGACUCCGACUACCCCCCACUCCAGCAGUUCUUUGUUGUCAUGGAGCACUGCCUCAAACAUGGUCUCAGAGUGAAGAAGUCAUUUCUUGGAUACAACAAGUCUCUGUGGGGUCCUCUGGAGAUGGUGGAGAAGUUGUGUCCCGAGGCAGGAGAGAUUGCAGCCAGCGUCAGGGACCUACCAGGACUAAAGACUCCGCUGGGCAGAGCUCGGGCCUGGCUGCGUCUAGCCCUGAUGCAGAAGAGGCUGGCUGAUUACCUCCGCCUUCUGAUCACCAGAAAGGACCUGCUAAGUGAUUUCUAUGAGAAUUCGGCUGUGAUGGUAGAAGAGGAGGGUGCUGUCAUCGUUGGCCUGCUGGUGGGACUCAAUGUGAUCGAUGCCAACCUUUGUGUCAAGGGAGAAGACUUGGAUACACAGGUUGGGGUCAUUGACUUCUCCAUGUACUUGAAAAAUGACAUUGAUGACUACAGAAGUGAAGAAAGAAAUGGUCAAAUAGCAGCCAUCCUGGACCAGAAGAACUACGUUGAAGAAUUAAACAGGCAGCUUAAUUCUUCAGUACAUGGCUUACAAGGGAGGGUCGAUAACUUGGAGAAAUCAAACUCUAAACUCAUUGAGGAGCUGGCGAUUGCAAAAAACAACAUAAUCAAACUACAAGAGGAGAAUCAUCAGCUUAGAAAUGAGAACACUAUUAUUCUCAUGAAAGCUCAGCAGCAACUUGAGGUGACCCAGGUGGACGUGGACGUGGAGCUGAACACCUACAAGAAGUCGAGGCAGGGCCUGGACGAGAUGUACAACGAGGCCAGGAGGCAGCUCAGGGAGGAGUGUCAACUACGCCAGGAUGUGGAGAAUGAGUUGGUGGUGCAGGUGAGCAUGAAGCAGGAGAUGGAUCUGGCCAUGAAACUGUUGGAGAAGGACAUCCACGAAAAGCAGGACACACUGAUCGGCCUCCGCCACCAGCUGGACGAAGUCAAGGCCAUCAACGUGGAAAUGUACUCAAAAAUGCAGACUUCCGAUGACGGCACGAAACAGAAGAACGACAUGAUCACUCGUUUGGAGGAGAAGACCAAUCAAAUCACAGCAACCAUGAAACAGCUGGAACAAAGAUUACAGGAGGUUGAUCGGGACCGCUGGGUCGCAGAAGAUGGAGCGCACAAAUUCAAGCAGGACUUUAUCAACAAAGCCGACAGCCUCCAAAAGCAGAUAGCCCAGAGAGAGAAGCAGAGGUUGCAGCUGGAGACAGACCUAAAGAUUGAGAAGGAGUGGCAGCAGACCUUACAAAACAACCUGGAGAGGGAACGAGACAUCGUCGCCCAGCUCAGUGCUGAAGCCCAGCAAAUAAAUGGACUUAAAAAGGAGUUCCACAGGCUGCAGGAUGAGAACAGCCAGCUGACUGGAAUAUGUGACGAACAGGAACAGGCCCUGGAGGAGCUGGGAUGCAAACUUAGCGAAUCAAAACUUAAAAUCGAGGACAUAAAAGAGGCAAAUGAAGCUCUUCAGGGGGGCCAGAUCUGGCUGAAGGACAAAGACGCCAACAUCUGUAAACUGUGUGAGAAGGAGUUCUCCAUCUCUCGGAGAAAGCACCACUGUAGAAACUGUGGGGAGAUCUUCUGCAAUGCCUGCUCUGACAACGAGCUGCCCCUCCCUGCUUCGCCAAAACCAGUGAGGGUCUGUGAUACGUGCCACGCCCUUCUUCUCCAACGCUGUUCCUCAAAUGCCACAUGAGAUGCCUCCUUUCAGCCCCAUCCACAGCUUUAACUCAGCGGUUCAGACUACCAGGAAACCGCCAAGUUUGUGACUGUUAUCAGGUAUCAAGCAUUUAUGUUCUCCUAGGUGUUGUCCUCUGUGUAACAUAAGAUUUUAGAUGUUAUAUCUGUGACACUUAUGACACUAAGGCUGCGUUUAGAUAGGCAGCCCAAUUCUGAUGAUUUUUUUUCACUUUUGACCAAUCAUAUCAGAUAUUUUGCCAGUAUUUGGGCAGAAGAUCAGAAUUGGGCUGCCUGUCUCCACAAUAGACUAAAACCAUGUGGGAAGCUGAGCAUGUCAUUCCAAAUCUGCAGUAAGAAUAUCAAGAGACGAUGCAAAGUAUGUUUCUCUACGGACGGAGGAAUACAGUGGUUGAGCCUGUUGUGAUAAGCCGUGGAGUCAUUGGACAUAAUCAUAUUUUGGUUUUGUUGUGUUAUUUCACUUGAAUGUGGAUGGUGUUACCUGUUGUAAUUCACACGUGCCUCUAAUAAGCCAAAAUACUGAAUGAGUACCUUUCACAGAUUUGUUUCUGUAUGAUAGAAUGCAGGCACAUUUCAGAAGUAUGUUUACCAAAAGCACUAAUGUUCCCAAUGCUGCCUUGGUUAUGAAGAAGAAGAAACUACAUGAAACAGCACAGCAAAUGUAUAUGUUGUACUUUUGAUUACUGACUGAAAAACACAAUAUUAACUUAAGUAGGUCUAAUUCAAUAUUAACUUAACAAUAACUAUUAUUAUCAUUAAAAUAUACCGUAGCUACCUGACGUAGCAAAUGCUUACGCUUGGAAACAUACCCAUCUUGUAUUUAUUUUUAUAAAGUGGAAAAAAUAUUUCAUUUCAGAGUAUUUGUUAUUUUUCUGCACAUUGUAUUUGAAUAUUUGUCAUACAAGUUUAAAAUCUUGUAUCACAAAGUGACAAAUAAUUUAAGAUGUACUGUACAUUAAUUUGUGUUUACCAAAUUAUACACUUGCUGUAUAUUUUGUUUUGUAUUCAAUCAGCAAAACAGUGUGUUUCAAUGUAUAAUUUUACAAAACUGGAAUGAAUACUUUUCAUUAAAAAUAAAUGGAUAUGGUACAUCUCACAUAAUCAAAAUAUGCUGUGUGCCGUAUCAGUUUUCAAUAUAUUCUCUUGUUCACUGGAUGCCAGUUACUUUGCAGUGCAUCAAAGUUGUCCAGGUCCUGAGGCAGCAAACCAUCCCACUACCACCACCAUGCUUGACCGUUGGUAUGAGGUUUUUACUGUGUUUGUUUUUGGCCAGACAUAAUGGGACCCAUUUCAUCCAAAAGGUUGACUUAAGUUUGCCAAGAAGCACCUGGAUGAUCAUCAAGACUCUUGGAAGAAUGUUCUAUGGACAGAUGAUUCAGAAGUUUAACUUUUUGGAUGACAUGUGGUCCCAUUAUGCAAGCAGGGUGGUGGUAGUGUGAUGGUUUGGGGAUGCUUUGCUGCCUCAGGGCCUGAAUGACUUGCCUUAAUAGAAGGAACCAUGAAUUCUGCUCCGUAUCAGAAAAUUCUACAGGAGAAUGUCAGGCCAUCCGUCUGUGAGCAAAAGCGCAGUUGGGUCAUGCAGCAAGACAAUGAUCCAAAACACAAGCAAGUUUACAUGAAAAUGGCUAAAAAGAAACACAUGUGAAGUUUUGGAAUUGCCUAGUCAAAGUCCAGACCUAAUCAAUUGAGAUAUGGCAGGACUUGAAACGAGCAGUUAAUGCUUGAAAACCCACAAAUGUUGCUGAGUUAAAGCAGUUCAAAUCAAAUUUGACUUGUCACGUGCCAAAUACAACCUUACAGUAAAGUGCUUACAAGCACUUAACCAACAAUGCAGUUUUAAGAAAAAUAAGUGUUAAGAAAGUAUUUACUAAAAUACACUUUUUUUUUUUAAUAAAUAAGAAAAAUGCAUGCAAGUGGGACAAAAUUCCUCCACAGCGAUGUGAAAGACUGAUCAACAAUUGCAGGAAGCAUUUGGUUGCUGUCAUUGCAGUUAAAGGUGACACAACCAGUUAUUGAGUGUAAGGGUUCAAUUUCUUUUUCACACUGGGGAAUUGGGUGAUGCAUAACUUUGUUAAUUACAUUUUUUUUUUAAUGUUUGUAAAUUCAGGUUCCCUUUAUCUAAUAUUAGGUUUUGGUUGAAGAUCUGAUAACAUUCAAUAUAAAAAAUAUGCAAAAAUAGAGAAUCUGAAAGGGGGCAAAUACUUUUUCACGGCACUGUAUGAUAUGGUCAUUAGAGUGGACUUUCAAUGGAUUUUCAAUGAAAAUAUUACACAAUACACACUGCACCAUUCUACGACAUCAAUCACCUGAAUAGGGCCUGCCACACACAUCUUGUCUGAUUUGCUCUUGCAAAUGUAUGGGGAAAAUACUUUAGGGCAGGGAGAGGUGGGGAGGGCUCCAGACUUCAGGGAAGGGAGAGGUAGGGAGGGCUCCAGACUUCAGGGAAGGGAGAGGUGGGGAGGGCUCCAGACUUCAGGGAAGGGAGAGGUGGGGAGGGCUCCAGACUUCAGGGAAGGGAGAGGUGGGGAGGGCUCCAGACUUCAGGGAAGGGAGAGGUAGGGAGGGCUCCAGACUUCAGGGAAGGGAGAGGUAGGGAGGGCUCCAGACUUCAGGGAAGGGAGAGGUAGGGAGGGCUCCAGACUUCAGGGAAGGGAGAGGUGGGGAGGGCUCCAGACUUCAGGGAAGGGAGAGGUAGGGAGGGCUCCAGACUUCAGGGAAGGGAGAGGUAGGGAGGGCUCCAGACUUCAGGGAAGGGAGAGGUAGGGAGGGCUCCAGACUUCAGGGAAGGGAGAGGUAGGGAGGGCUCCAGACUUCAGGGAAGGGAGAGGUAGGGAGGGCUCCAGACUUCAGGGAAGGGAGAGGUGGGGAGGGCUAUGUGAUCUCUAAUCAUGUACAGUUUUACACUUUGGACUCUUCUCUGACAACCCCCGUCCCCCCCGCAUUCGAACAUUGACCCCAUGUGCAAGCAAUGACUCAAGUAUUUUCUUUAAGCUUAAUGUUUUCAUUAAGCCCCACUUUAAGCUGUUUACCACAGUUGUGAAUUCUGUGAAUGUAUUGUAAUGUUUUUAAAAUUGCAUAACUGCCUUAAUUUUGCCGGACCCCAGGAAGAGUAGCUGCUGCCAAGGUGAUCCAUAAUAAAUACAAAUACAAAAGACCAGCAACACUUCCUUUGACCUAGCUUUUUGUUCAAACUUCUCUGUUUUGUAUUCUAGGGACUCUAGUGAGUAGACUGGACCCUGGUUUUACAGACACAAUUUAUAGUUUUUUCUGUAAAGUGCUAUACUUGUAUGUGAUGUAUACAGUAGGCUACUUAAGUAUCAAAAGUAAAUGUAAUUGCUAAAAUAUACUUAAGUAUUUAAAAGUAAAAGUAUACAUUUCAAAUGCCUUAUAUAAAGCAAAGCAGACGGCACCAUUUUCUUGUUUUUUUAUUUAUUUACAGAGAGCCAGGGACAGACUCCAACACUCAGGCGUCCUUUACAAAUGAAGCAUGUGUGUUUAGUGAGUCUGCCAGAUCAGUGACAGUAGUGAUGACCAGGGAUGUUAUCUUAAUAAGUGUGUGAAUUGGACAAUUUUCCUGUCCUCCUAAGCAUUCAAAAUGUAAGGAGUAAUUUUGGAUGUCAGGGAAAAUGUAUGGAGUAAAAAGUACAUUAUUUUUAAAUUUUUUAAAUAUGAAGUAAAAGUUGUCCAAAAUAUACAUAGUAAAGUACAGAUCCCCCCCCCCCCAAAAAAAAGUAGUACUUUAAAGUAUUUUUACUUAAGUACUUUACACUACUGGAAAUAUGCCUACCCUGAAAAUGUAAAUAUUUCCUCAAUUUGGUACUUGAAAAGUCCUUGUAAUUAUUGUAGCCAAUUUACAAGUUAUCCUGCUGCCUUAUAAUGAUGCAUGAUUUAAUUUUUGAUCUGUUCUUGUGCGAGAUGUGGCCACUUUCCUUUGUUUCCUGCCGCUUCAAUUGGAGGGUGUUGUGCUACUCUGUUGCGGUAAAACCACGUGCGGUUAUUAUGAGAACAACAACAUGUUGGCUUCAACUUAGCUUUCCAUACAAAUCCUUCCAUUACAAAAGGAACCCAUUUUUGUUCGCUUUCUCAUUAUAAAAACAGCAAUGGUGAGAUUAAUGCUACGGCUAUUCAUGGAUGUAUUAUCUGUGCCUGCUUCGGCCACAAUAGGCUUCAGAAAAUCGACAUGCAUGCAUCCAAUUUAUUUAGUCAGGCACGUCCACAUUAUUCUAUGUUAGGCCCUAUUUCUACAAAUAUCCCUAGUGAAUUGAUGUUGAUCAUCUGUUGUCUGCUUGAUUGACAUUGAUAUUAUUAUUUGACCCUGCUGGUCAUCUAUGAACAUUUGAACAUCUUGGCCGUGUUCUGUUAUAAUCUCCACCCGGCACAGCCAGAAGACGACUGGCCACCCCUCAUAGCCUGGUUCCUCUUUAGGUUUCUUCCUAGGUUCUGGCCUUUCUAGGGGGAAUUCCUAGCCACUGUGCUUCUACACCUGCAUUGCUUGCUGUUUGGGGUUUUAGGCUGGGUUUCUGUACAGCACAUUGUGACAUCAGCUGAUGUACGAAGGGCUUUAUAAAUACAUUUGAUUGAUUAAUUGAUUGACAGCAAGGCCUCCUUAGAUUUAAGAGAGAAAGCAUCAAGGUAAUGAGUUCAUGUUUUCUAUUUAUUUAGUCCGGUAUGUCCACAUUAUUCUAUAAAUGCUACAAUUGUAUAUCAUUGAGUUUCUUGAAAAUUUUAAUUUUAAAUGCUUAAAGGAUGUAUAAUCCUAGGCCUAUUUUGUUGUAUAGGUAGAGUUAUGGGCCAAUUUGCAUAUAUUCCUCUAAGUACAUGUGGAACUACAUAAAAAUACUUUUUAUUUUGGUUUCAAACCAUUUUGAAAUGUUGAUCCCGAUGUCACACAUUGGCCCCAUUGUUUAUAGAAAGACCCAUACAUUGCACUGUACACAAUUAUCUGUACAAAACAUGAGUUUGAACAAAAAGCUAGGUCAUAUGAAGUGCUGCUGGACUUCUACGGUGGUCAAACAGUUUAAUGUGGGGUGCUUGGACACUGUACAGUCAAAACAAUCGAUUGUGUGUCCAUAAAACCAGGGUCCAGUCUACUCACUAGAAUCCCUAGACUACAAAACAGAUGAGUUUGAACAAAAAGCUAGGUCAUAGGAAUUGUUGCUAGACUUUUACUGUGGUCAAAUAGGUUUGUGUGGGGUACUUGGACACUGUACAGGCAAAACAAUCGAUUGUGUGUCCAUAAAACCAGGGUCCAGUCUACUCACUAGAAUCCCUAGACUACAAAACAGAUGAGUUUGAACAAAAAGCUAGGUCAUAGGAAGUGUUGCUAGACUUUUACUGUGGUCAAAUAGGUUUGUGUGGGGCCCCUGGACAUAUAGCGCUGUACAGGAAAAACUAUUGAUUGUUUGUGUCCAUAAAACAUGGGUCCAGUCUGCACUUUUGUGCUGUCGCUUUAACUAUUUUAGCUUGCUCUUUGUUUGCUUCCAGUGUGAAAUAAAAUGCCAUUCUAUGCCAGACUUGCACUGUUGGCUUUGCCCUAUAACUGAGGUGACAAAAUCUGACUAUUAGCUUCUCACCUAAUCCCAUGCUAACUGCUUCAGCAAAAACAAUUGAAACAAUGUGAUCAGUAAAUGGAGUGUUAACUGUCUGGCAUACCUGGAAAUGACCUACAUUAUCCUAAUGAUGAGAAGGCUGCAGACUUCACACAUUUAAAUCAGCCAGCCUUACGUGCCAAAAAAUGCACCAGGUCAAGUGUUUGGUGAGACAAAUCAAAUAUAUAUUUUAGAGGCAGUAUCCUAGUGAGAUCAUGUUGCUACAGGUUAAUAUCCCUCCAAUUAUCACAUGUAUAUUUUUCUUAAAAUGACAUGGAAACAAUGUUGAUUCAACCAGUUUGUGCCCAGUGGGAUGACUGUAUGAAGAGGAUCUUGCAUAGAAUUAGAAAAUUCUGUUUUACUGAUGAUACAUUUCAUGAAAAGUAUUUGAUUAAUUAACUUGAUUGUGAUAUUUGUUAUGAAUAAAGUAUGCUUUUUAACCAAA